AAACCUUUCUUUUUUUUUUUUUUUUUUUGGUAAUAACUCAAACCUUUCUUUAAUGGCAAAUUCUGAGCUAAGCUUCUCUGUUCUCUGCAUUGUCUGCAUUAUAUUCGCAUCACUGUCCUAUCUCAUCCCAGGGAUAAAGGCACAACAAGGCCACGAAGAGCCAUAUGUCGGAGUGAACCUAGGCACAGAUGUGUCGAAUCUACUUUCGCCAGCAGACUUGGUUGCUUUUUUGCAGUUGCAAAAGAUUACUCACUUGAGGCUUUAUGAUGCAGAUGCUGAUAUUCUCAAAGCACUGGCUAAAACCAAGAUUAGAGUCAUCAUCAGUGUGCCCAAUAAUCAGCUUCUUGCAAUUGGAUCGUCUAAUACCACUGCAGCCGCUUGGGUUGGUAGAAAUGUGGCAGCAUAUUAUCCACAAACUUUAAUCACUGCCAUUGCAGUUGGUGAUGAAGUGUUAACAACAACUCCCAGUUCAGCCCCUUUGCUUGUGCCUGCAAUUGAGUCACUUUACAGUGCUUUAGUGGCUGCAAAUUUGCAUACUGAAAUUAAGGUUUCCACUCCUUGUGCUGCCUCUAUUGUUUUGGACCCUUUUCCACCUUCUCAGGCAUUUUUCAACCAAUCCUUGAGCUCGGUUAUUUCUCAGCUGCUGCAGUUUUUGUCGAGAACCAAAUCACCUAUGAUGAUGAAUUUGUAUCCUUACUAUGUCUUUAUGCAGAACAAAGGGGUUGUUCCCUUAGAUAAUUCACUUUUUAAGCCCUUGACACCAUCCAAAGAAAUGGUUGACCCCAAUACUUUGCUCCAUUACACCAAUGUUCUUGAUGCUAUGAUUGAUUCUGUGUAUUUUUCAAUGAAGAAUCUUAAUGUUACUGAUGUUGUGAUUCUGGUUACUGAGACUGGUUGGCCUUCAAAGGGGGAUUCGAAAGAGCCUUAUGCUACAAUUGACAAUGCUGAUACUUAUAAUUCCAAUUUGAUUAAGCAUGUUUUUGAUCGUAGCGGGACACCAUUGCAUCCAGAAAUCACCUCUAGUGCUUAUUUGUAUGAGUUGUUCAAUGAGGAUUUGAGGGCACCGCCGGUUUCUGAGGCUAAUUGGGGGCUGUUUUAUGGGAAUUCGACACCGGUUUACUUGCUUCAUGUCUCUGGAAGUGGUACAUUUUUAGCUAAUGACACUACUAAUCAAACUUAUUGUAUAGCCGCGGAUGGAGUUGAUACAAAGACUAUGCAAACUGCUUUGGACUGGGCUUGUGGACCUGGAAGGGCGAAUUGUUCAGAGAUUCAGCCAGGAGAGAGUUGUUAUCAGCCUAAUAAUGUGAAAGACCAUGCUUCUUAUGCAUUUGAUAGCUAUUACCAAAAGGAAGGGAAGGCUGGUAGUUCUUGUGAUUUCAAGGGUGUGGCCAUGAUAACAACCAGUGAUCCAAGUCACGGGAGUUGUAUAUUUCCUGGAAGCAAGAAGUUAAGCAAUAAAACAAGCCAGCAGGUAGUGAACUCAACACAAGCUAGUGGUGCAGUUACAAUAAGAUUCAGCAGUCUUCAUGGUACCAGAUUAAGUGCCUCCAUGGGCUUUGACAUCAUCUUGGGGGUCACUUUUUGUUUAUUUUAUUCAUUGCUCCUUCCAUAGAACAAAGUUGAAGAGCUACUUCUCAUUCUUUAGAUGCUUAUUCUUUUGGGGGUGCACCACAUGAGCUAUAUUUGAUGGGCCCUCUGUGAAAUGUUGUAUUUCAUGUGAUUCUUGAAAAGGCUGAUGCAAUAACAGUCCAGACCAGAGGCAGAGGUAUCAAAAAGAAGUGGGGUUCUCGAGCCUUAAUUAUGUGAAACUUGAAAGUGGUUGCAACUUCAGGAAUCUUUUGCUUGCACCCUUGUUCUUUCUUCUUAAUCAGACAUUGCUUGAGAAAUGGAGAAAGAAUAACUGUACCUAGCUGUGGAUUAGUUUUCUUGAAUGGAAGGAAGUGAUCAAAUAAAGAAGGAUACCAGAGCUUGGCCUUGGCACUUGGCACUUAUUGUUUUGCUUCUACUACUUUAUUUUGUGAAUGUAUAACAAGUAGUGCCAGCAAUUAUUGUACUUGGGAAAGGGCAGGAAUGAUCUAAAAGUUCAAUCAUAAAGAUAAGUGGAGGAUCCAUGUUUUGGUGUGUGUUUAUUUGUGUCAGUUAGUAGGGGAAGCUUUUCUUAAAUUCUUGCACUGAAGAUAGACUACUGUUACUUGUCUGGUUCUGGUGUGUUGAGCUAGUGAAAUGCUCCUUUAGUUUGGUGCAGUACAACUUAGGCAUCAUUUUUUUAGCAAAAUUUCAACAACCUUUCGGCAAGGUUUUUAGUA